AAAUUAAAGCUCUUAAUGAUGGCAUAAUUCAUCUUCAAAAAAACAAUGAUGGUAUAAUUCCCAGUAUAAUCUGCCCCUCCUGUCUUCUUAUAACAGGAAAAACCUCCAAAUCUUUCCUCGAACUCAGAUCCUUCUCUGGCUCAGAUUGUCUUCUUCCUCAGACGGUUUAACAUUUUCUCCUCUUUCUUUUCAUUUUACCAAUCUUUCUUCAACCUUACUGACAAACGCCGGAAAACCCACUUUCCGGCAGCUAAAGGGUGUUUGUUUCUCCAAGGUUCUUGAGAUUUAGUGUUGUGUUUCAUGCUGGGGUGUAACAUAUAAAAAAAAGUUGGUAACUUUGUAUAUAUAGACAUAAAAAAGAUAUUUGUGUGUGUUGGGAAAUGGUGGUUAGAGUGAAUUCGCCUCGAAAAUCGAUACACACAGUGUUGGAGAGAGUUGGGGUUUAUGGGUUUGGCGGCGGCAGCCAGAAGAGGCGCAAGUAUGAUGUUCAGGAAGAAGAUGAUACCAUGGAAAUGGUGCAGAUUGGAGCUGAGAGGACCAAGAAUGUGUUGAUUCUCAUGAGUGACACCGGCGGCGGCCACCGUGCUUCGGCGGAGGCGAUUCGUGAUGCCUUCAACCUGGAAUUUGGUGAUGAAUACAGGGUUUUUGUGAAGGAUGUUUGGAAGGAAUUCACUGGCUGGCCAUUGAACAACAUGGAGCAGCAGUACAAGUUCUUUAUUAAUCAUGUGCAGCUUUGGAAGGUUGCAUUUCACGGUACAUCGCCCCGGUGGAUUCAUUCUGUUUACCUUGCUGCCAUUGCUGCCUACUAUGCAAAGGAGGUAGAGGCUGGGCUAAUGGAGUAUAAGCCGGACAUUAUAAUUAGUGUUCAUCCUCUUAUGCAACACAUUCCAUUGUUGGUUCUUAAAUGGCAAGGACUACAGAAGAAAGUAAUAUUUGUCACUGUCAUUACAGAUCUCAAUUCUUGUCAUCGCACAUGGUUUCACCCUGGUGUCAACCGGCUGUAUUGUCCCUCGGAGGAGGUAGCGAAGAGGGCUUUGCUAGAUGGCUUAGACGAAUCUCAAACGCGUGUCUUUGGGUUGCCUAUUCGGCCCUCUUUCUGUCGUGCAGUUCUCUCUAAGAACGAGCUAAGAUUAGAACUAGAGCUAGAUCUAACAUUGCCAGCAGUUUUGCUGAUGGGGGGAGGCGAAGGGAUGGGCCCGGUGAAGAAAACUGCAGAAGCUCUCGAGGAAGCUCUGUUUGAUAAAGAACGUGGGAGGCCGAUUGGACAAAUGGUUGUCAUAUGCGGGCGCAAUGAAGCCCUCGCUGCCUCAUUACGAGAGCUCGAAUGGGACAUUCCUAUUAAGGUUAAAGGUUUUGAGAAACAAAUGGAAAAAUGGAUGGCAGCUUGUGACUGCAUUAUCACAAAGGCCGGACCUGGCACAAUUGCAGAAGCGUUAAUCCGAGGACUUCCCAUUAUUCUCAACGAUUACAUUCCCGGACAAGAAAAGGGGAAUGUACCAUAUGUAGUUGAGAAUGGCGCGGGUGUUUUCACCCGAAGCCCCAAGGAGACAGCUAGAAUCGUAGCCGACUGGUUUAGUACCAAAACCAACGAGCUCAAGACGAUGUCUGAGAACGCGCUCAAACUCGCGCAACCAAAUGCCGUGUUUGAUAUUGUGAAGGACAUUCAUGAUCUUGCAUCUCAAAGGGGCCCUCUUGCAGACAUUCCUUACAUGUUCACAUCAUCAUUCUCAAGCUUAAUUUAAUUAGCCAUGUUGGACUAAGGUUUGCUGUACUAGGAUGUUAUGUACAGAAUUGUAGCAUUUGUUGUUCUCAUUCUUUGGCCCCUAUGGCUUGAAUGCACAAUCUAAGCUAUAAAUUUUUUGUAGACAAACUCCAUCUUUUCAGUCCCAACACAACAGAGUUGGGAUUUUUUUUUCCUUGUCUAGUAUUUUGGGUGAGUAGAGUAAAUCCAGCCUUGUGACCUUAGCCGACAAAGGACCACAAGGAAGUAAACCAGCUUAAGUUGCUCAUAGCUAAUCGGCUCAAAUCAAGAAGGUCAAUAAGUUGUUCUCACUAGAAGUUGAACUUGUAAUCUUGUGGUUAUUAAGUCAAUAGCAUAUCCAACUUGAUUAGGGUUACCCCUUUUCAUCUAAUAUUUAUGUCAACGGUUGAAAUGGUAAUAUAUACCAAUAUGAUUUAUAA